AUGGACCCCUUCAAUGACGUCAGAGACGAUGCCAAACACACCAUUGAUAGAAUAGAGAAGAUUUUACUACGAGCCAGUAAUGAUAUCACCGAAGAGAUAGAACAAGAAUACGAGAAUAACUUUCUGGAACUACAGGAGAUAUGUGAUGAUCUUUCACAAGCCCUUCUGUCGAUUGAACAUGAUCCCAGCCGGUAUGGAAUCAGUAUGAAUGAGAUAAAUAGGAGGAAACAGGAAGUUCUGAGUAUUCAAGAGAGAACUUUGGAGAUAAAAAAUAAAUGGCAGAGCUUAAACCAACAGUCAAACUCCAGACAACAUACCCAACAGCAACCGGCUGGAAAUGCCUUACUAGGCAACAGAAAGCUUCGUGAAGUCACUACCAUGUCAAAUCGAAUAAGUCAAGAGGGUUACGCUGUAGGAGAGAAUCCUUUUGACGAUUCUAAUAGAUUCCAUGAAGGUAAAGCAGCCGAAGCUAUGGACUCUUUCCAGUCACAACAAGUAAUGCAGGAACAAGACCUACAACUUGAUUCAAUACAUCAGACAAUGAUGAGUUUGAACCAACAAGCUAUGAUCAUGGGUGAUGAGUUGGAAGAUCAGGGCCAAAUGCUUGAUGAUCUUGAUGGAGAUCUUGAUCUCACUGGUAAUCGACUUCAAAGAGGAAUGAAACGAAUUGAGAUUGUCAUAGAAAAGAAUAAGGAAUGGUUUAGUGACAUUUGCAUUAUACUAUUGGUUGUAGCUUUGGUCAUACUUUUAUUGAUGUUGAUAGUAGUUUAA